AUGAGAUUAUUGGAUAUUUUCCCCCUGCUCCUGACUGCUCUGUGUCCCUGUCUGGGAGCAGCCCACUUCCGGUUCACCAACGUAGAGUGCAAAAGCUUGGAUGCGAAUUUCGUGGAGGUGAAGGAGUGCUAUUUGAAGAUGGUUCGCCGCAAUGUCGUCGGCAUGAACUCCCAUCUGGUGAUCAAAUAUGGACCGCCCAUCGAUAAGAUUCAGUUUAAUCUGGCUAUAUUUCGCAAGUCGAAUGUGUACAGAUUGUUUAUGGUGAAUCAUACCCUGGACUUUUGCUACUAUAUGCGAAGACCAGAGCAAUAUCCGCUUUUCUACAUAUUCCACGAGUCCUUAAUGUCCGCCACCAAUGCCAAUCACACGUGUCCCUAUCCUGAAAAGGACAUUUAUAUAAAGAAGAUGACAUUCAAUGAGCGGGCCGUACGGGAGCUGCCUCUGCCCGAAGGAGAAUACAAACUGUCUGUGUCUGUUGGUGCCUUUAAUGCCUGGCGAUUGCGGGUCAAUGUCUACGGUCUGCGUGGCUAG